AUGGACCCUGUUGUGCUCCAGAAUGGCUGGCUUAGAGAUUCUCUUUUGAAAAGUAUCUCGAAUGUUCCUUCGGAACGAACGUUAACUUCAGAAUUGCUAGCCAAGAACGUGUCACCGGAAUCUUUACCAGUACUUCGAAUCUUUCGAUUCUUACAAAAAACACAUCUGAAGGACUUGACAGCUAUCUUAUCGGAUUCCACACACAAAAUAUAUGCCGUUUUUCCGUACGAGGCCAUUCGGGCUUUUGAAUUGAAGUAUAAAAAGCGGAUCACGUUGCAGACCGUGAACAGCUUGAUUUUAGUGGAGAGAGCAGAUUAUAUAUUUGUUGGUUCACAAAGACUACUUCAAGACUAUGGGGUGAGGUCUGAAGCCAAGGGGGGUAGUUUAAUUGUACUUAAAGUGAACCAAGUUGAGAUAUUUCUGAGAGAUCAGAUCGAAUUAGGUUGGGUAGUAUCUAGUAAGCUCAAAUUUGUGUAUGACACUGAGUAUGAAAAGAUGGUGAGUUGUGAUAAAACACCAAAACGGACUAGAGUUAAAGAAGAACGAGAAGGGGAAAAUCAAGGGGAGAAAAAGAAAGUUAAGAGAAGUGAUAAUAAGGUGCUGAACAAGUGUUGA